AAAUACCGACUACAGUUCCCAGCAUUCAGGGGAACUUUUAUAUUAUUGUAGGGAGAAAAAAAAAUACAUAAAGAAGCGCCGUGCGCUAGUUGUAAACUUGAUGCCUCGAAUGCCGCUGGUUUUGAAACGAGCUGACUUUAUGAAUGAAAGGUGGCAAGAAUAGAAGAUGGCCGACCCUGAUAGCACCAUCAUAAAUACCAGCAUUAAUCAGAAAGAUCCAAAGGAAGCCUUGGUUAUUGCUGUGACGACCAGGACCAUUUUCAAUUUGGAGAGAGAGCAUGAAAUUUUCUUGACAAAGGGCAAAGAGGAAUAUGUGAAACAUCAGCAAGCAAAUGAGAACAGCCCCUUGGAGCAGGGAACAGCUUUUCCUUUAAUUCAGGCGUUGCAGUUUGUGAACAAGAAACUUCUUGAAAGAGACCCCGAAGAAAAGGGCCUCUUUGAUGUCAUUGUUCUCUCCAAUAACAGUCCAGAGAGUGGUGUGCGAAUAAUCAACAGCGUGAAACAUUAUGGUUUGGAAAUCUCCAAGUUUUGCUUUGUCAGUGAUGAGGAUUCUACCCAAUAUUUGAAAACCCACAAUGUGAAACUUUUUCUCUCAGCUGACCCAAAAGAUGUGUGCAACGCACUUCAGAGAGGAGUCUCAGCAGCCCUCAUCUUUCAGCAGGAGAUACAGGCUCCUAGAGCCCAAUUACGAAUUGUCUUUGAUGGUGAUGCUGUACUCUUUUCGGAUGAGACUGAUCGUGUCUUUCAUGAGAAAGGUCUUGAGGAAGCAGUAGAAUAUGAGAAAAUUAUGGAAACUGUACCCAUGGGAGAGGGCCCCCUGAAAGCCUUUGCUUUGCAUCUUGGGAAGAUGCGCAAAAAGUUUGGUCAAGAGGAUUCUCCCAUCCGUAUCUAUUUAGUGACUGCCCGCAGUGGCUGUGAUAUGGGCAUCCGGAUCAUCAAAACCCUUCGGGAAUGGGGACUGUCGACUGAUGAAGCCUUCUUCAUGGCUGGAGCUCCAAAAGGUCCUAUCCUCUCCAAGAUCCAGCCCCACAUCUUUUUUGAUGAUAAUUUUCACAACAUCAAAGGCGCUCAGGAUGUUGGCAUACCCUCUGCAUUGGUCCCUUAUGGCUGUCAGACGGGAACAUAGGAUCACAGUGUUCUGUCAGUUAAGAAUACCAAUAUUUCUAAGUAAAAGGGAUACAAACAACCUUUUAAAUGUACAGUGAGAGCAAUGUUUAGAAUAAAUUACAUUUAUAGAAAA